UUUCGCUCCGCGGCCCCGGCGGGACGACUCGCAGGCGCGGCGGCUACGGCAACGCCCGGGCCCGGCUUGGGCCGUCCGCCAGGUUCAUGUCUUUUAGAUUAAGCUGUUCAACUAACGGCGUCAUGAGCAGAAGCAAGCAUGAAAAUAACUUCUAUAGCGUAGAGAUUGGAGAUUCUACCUUCACUGUACUCAAACGAUACCAGAACUUAAAACCUAUUGGUUCGGGUGCUCAGGGCAUAGUAUGUGCAGCCUAUGAUGCUAUCCUUGAAAGAAAUGUUGCAAUCAAGAAGCUAAGUCGGCCAUUUCAGAACCAAACUCAUGCGAAACGAGCGUACAGAGAGCUUGUUCUCAUGAAAUGUGUAAACCACAAAAAUAUCAUUGGCCUAUUGAAUGUCUUUACCCCACAGAAGUCACUGGAAGAAUUUCAAGAUGUUUACAUAGUGAUGGAGCUCAUGGAUGCAAAUCUCUGCCAAGUGAUUCAAAUGGAGCUUGACCAUGAACGAAUGUCCUAUCUCCUCUAUCAGAUGUUGUGUGGUAUAAAACAUCUUCACUCAGCUGGAAUUAUACAUAGGGAUUUGAAACCUAGCAAUAUAGUAGUAAAAUCUGACUGCACUCUGAAGAUUCUUGACUUUGGGCUGGCUAGAACAGCAGGAACCAGCUUUAUGAUGACACCUUACGUAGUCACUCGUUACUACAGAGCACCAGAAGUCAUCCUGGGAAUGGGAUACAAAGAAAAUGUUGACAUUUGGUCAGUGGGGUGCAUCAUGGGAGAAAUGAUCAAAGGUGGUGUAUUAUUUCCUGGUACAGACCAUAUUGAUCAGUGGAAUAAAGUUAUUGAGCAACUAGGAACACCAUGUCCUGAAUUCAUGAAAAAGCUGCAACCAACAGUGAGGACGUAUGUAGAGAACAGGCCUAAAUAUGCUGGCUAUAGUUUUGAGAAGCUCUUCCCAGAUGUCCUCUUUCCUGUUGACUCUGAGCAUAACAAACUGAAGGCCAGUCAGGCAAGAGAUUUGUUAUCCAAAAUGCUGGUGAUCGAUGCAUCAAAAAGAAUCUCAGUAGAUGAAGCCCUACAACACCCAUACAUCAAUGUCUGGUACGACCCUUCAGAAGCAGAAGCACCUCCUCCAAAGAUACCAGACAAGCAGUUAGAUGAAAGAGAGCACACAAUAGAAGAAUGGAAAGAAUUGAUUUAUAAGGAAGUUAUGGAUCUGGAGGAGAGAACCAAGAAUGGAGUUAUACGUGGUCAGCCAUCACCUUUAGGUGCAGCAAUGAUCAAUGGCUCUCGCCAUCCAUCUUCAUCUUCAUCUGUCAAUGACAUGUCUUCAAUGUCCACCGAUCCAACGCUGGCUUCCGAUACAGACAGCAGUCUAGAAACAUCGACAGGCCCCCUGGGUUGUUGUAGAUGACUACUUCAUGUACUGAGGAGAGGAAAGGGCUUCUCUUAGUUACAAAAAUUAAUGGUAUUAAUUUGCAGUGCUUUGAAAAGUAACUGGGAUACAUUUCAGAGUGCUAAUUUUAAAUUGCAAUUUGUUUUAAUAUCAAGCCGCAAUGAUUUCCUGUAAUUUAGUGUACAGUAUUAAACUUAAUUUUUAUCAUGGGUUUUAAAAUCUGCAUAUGUUUUACUAUUGUGUUGCUGAUGUUAUUUUUUUACUUGCAUUUGUAAGAUAAGUUUUAUUAAAUGUAGCAUUGCUGUUCAGUUUGUUACCUUACAGCUUUAUUUAAGGCUUUCUUGCCUUUCUAAAUUGUUCUAUUAGGGUAUCUGUAUGUGUCUGAAGACCCUUUUUCAGUCCAUAAAGCUUAAUGUUUUAUUUUUAGUCAUGUGGCUGCAGAUGCUCUAAUUUUAAGCUAAAAUACAGCGAGUGGGAAAGCAGGUCUCAACAAAGAAGAUUCUUGUAGUGUGUAAAGGAAUAUUAUGUAAGCUCUGGCAAUGUUGCACCAGAAGCAAAGCAUUGUUCUGCCCAAGGAAAGUGUCACACUGUACGAGUUUGGUUUCUGAUCACACAAAACAAGGUGACAACACAUGAUUCAACAGAGUUGUAAUACAAAUAAACACAUUGCUUUCAAUUCACACUAGCCUGUCUCUUCACCCUCAUCCAGAGUUCUGUUAACAGUGCAAAUUCACGCCCUCCCACAUUGACCAUGGUUCUGUGGAGUUUAUUUCUCCAUGCAUUCUUCUGUAUUCAGACUGGUACAGCUCUUCGUCAUAAGAGCUCUUUAUUCCCUCAGGCAUUUGCCCCACCCACAGGCUCCUAUAGCUUCCACUUCUUUAAGUGAUGGUUGUAUUGCGUGGACUGCUGCACGGGAGACCAUCUAGCUGGGUCAGCAGCGUUCAUCUUUUGCCUCACCACAGCAUUGGAAUGGCAGAGCAGGAAUUCCAAACACUGACAGCGUUUCAUUCUGAAGCCAAGAAGAAUUGAUUUGUUUUCAGCAUUGAGAUCCUAAUUUUCUAUUCUUAAAAAGAAAAGAGUAAUAAUAAUGAACUAUGUAGAAAUGUUAAAUAUAAUGUAAAAUGGUGCUGCUCCUCACUGAAGUAUGUUAACUGUUUAUCAGUAUACAUUAUUGAAUUAUAUUUUUGUGCAGCUGACUUGCGUUCUGUGUGAGUAAAACAAUCAUUGAGAAUUUGUCCUUAGAAAAUGCAAUGUUUUUGUGAAUUUAAGGCUGAACUGACUACCUUGUGUAGAUAGAAGUAUUUUGUGUAUUGAACAUAAUUGUGAAAAAAUGUACAGUACUGUCUACAGAACUAAUAUUAAACAAUAACACAAACA